AAGCGGCCGCCCUGCGGUUCCCCUCACUCUGGAGUUCAGGAGCUUCUCUAUCCGAGAGAGCUGUGAAGACAUCACGACCUGAUUAAAAAGCUGGCAGGCUGACGUGGGCAGGCAUCCACCUACAGGACGGACUUUCUGGCAACUGACCAUUUAGCUGUGGCAUACCCGGACCUCGUGUACGUGGGAUUUCGACAAUGAGCUCUGUGGCUGUAUUGACACCUGAAAGCUUUGCUGAGCACAGAAGUGGCCUUGAUGAGCAACAGGUCCAAGCAAAUGUUGGCUCUGAGGAUGAGACUGAUUUGGUACCAACUUACAAGGAAGCAUUUCCUCCUCUCCCUGAGAAAGCAACUUCUGUAGAGACUACAACAGAACCAUCUGGAGCAUGGACCAAAAUCCGACCACUCAAAUCUUCUCUUAUCACCCAGGUUUUUCAUGUGCCAUUGGAAGAACGCAAGUACAAAGAAAUGAACCAAUUUGGAGAAGGAGACCAGGCUAAAAUCUGUCUGGAUAUCAUGCAGAAGACCGGUGCGCACAUUGAACUCUCAUUGGCCAAGGACCAAGGUCUUUCCAUCAUGGUUUCUGGAAAGCUUGAAGCUGUCAUGAAAGCAAGGAAGGAGAUUGUUGCUAAACUGCAGACUCAGGCCUCAGCAACAGUAACCAUCCCCAAAGAACAUCAUCGUUUUGUGAUUGGAAAAAGUGGUGAGAAACUGCAGGAGUUGGAACUAAAAACAGCAACUAAGAUCCAGAUUCCUCGUCCCGAUGAUCCCAGCAACCAGAUUAAAAUAACUGGCACAAAAGAAGGCAUUGAGAAGGCACGCCAUGAAAUCUUGCUGAUUUCUGCUGAACAGGAUAAGCGUGCAGUCGAAAGGAUCAACAUUGAGAAAGUAUAUCACACGUUUAUUGCUGGACCCUAUAAUAAGACCGCUGGAGAGCUGAUGCAGGAGACUGGGACUCGAAUCAAUAUCCCACCACCAAGUGUUAUGAAAAAUGAGAUUGUCAUCACUGGAGAGAAAGAACAGGUUGCACAAGCUGUUAACCGCAUCAAGAGGAUCUAUGAGGACAAGAAAAGCAAAACCACAACAAUUGCAGUGGAGGUGAAAAAAUCACAACACAAGUAUGUUAUUGGACCCAAAGGCAACUCAUUGCAGGAGAUCUUGGAACGGACUGGAGUAUCGGUCGAAAUCCCACCCUCGGAUAGCAACUCUGAAACUGUCAUCCUUCGUGGUGAACCUGAUAAACUUGGACAGGCUCUAACCGAAGUCUAUGCUAAAGCAAAUAGUUUUACAGUAGCAAGUGUUUCUGCCCCAUCUUGGCUACAUCGCUUCAUAAUUGGAAAGAAAGGUCAGAAUCUGAGCCGCAUCACACAGCAAAUGCCAAAGGUAUAUAUUGAAUUCACUGAUGGUGAGGAUAAGAUUUGUCUGGAAGGUCCAACCAAGGAGGUGCAACAAGUCCAACAGCAAAUUGAAAUUGUUGUGCAGGACCUGGUUAAUCGUAUGGACUACACUGAGUUGACAAUUGAUCCCAAAUUUCACCGUCAUCUAAUUGGAAAGAAUGGAGCAAACAUAAAUCGCAUCAAGGAUCAGUACAAGGUCUUGGUGCGAAUCCCUCCUGAUAAUGAGAAAAGCAAUUUGAUCCGAAUUGAAGGUGAUCCACAAGGAGUUCAAGAUGCUAAGAAGGAAUUGUUGGAGCUUGCAUCCAGAAUGGAAAAUGAGCGCACCAAGGAUUUGAUCAUCGAGCAUCGUUUCCACCGCACAAUCAUUGGCCAGAAGGGGGAGAAGGUCAAGGAGAUCCGUGACAAGUUCCCUGAGGUUAUAAUUAAUUUCCCAGAUCCAAAUCAAAAGAGUGAUAUAGUGCAACUGCGUGGUCCCAAAAAUGAAGUGGAGAAAUGUGCCAAGUUUCUGAACAAAAUUGUAGCUGAACUUGUGGAAAAUAGUUAUUCCGUCUCUGUGCCUAUCUUCAAGCAGUUCCACAAAAACAUCAUUGGGAAGGGAGGAGCAAAUAUCAAGAAGAUUCGUGAAGAAACUAAUACAAAGAUUGAUCUGCCAGCAGAGAACAGCAACUCUGAGAUGAUCGUUAUCACAGGAAAGAAAUCCAAUUGUGAAGCAGCUCGUUCCAGGAUUCUGGCUAUCCAGAAGGAACUGGCGAAUAUCACUGAAGUUGAAGUUUGCAUUCCGGCUAAACUCCACAAUUCCCUGAUUGGUGCAAAGGGCCGUUUUGUCCGCUCCAUUAUGGAGGAGUGUGGAGGUGUACACAUCCACUUUCCUACUGAAGGUUCAGGCAGUGACACGGUAACCAUCAGAGGUCCUACCGAGGAGGUUGACAAGGCCAGGAAGCAGCUCCUUCACCUGGCGGAGGAGAAGCAAAUCAAGAACUAUACCUGUGAGCUGCGAGCCAAGCCAGAGUACCACAAGUUUCUAAUUGGACGGGGCGGAGCCAACAUCCGUAAGGUGCGGGAUAACACAGGAGCUCGGAUUAUAUUCCCUAUGGUAGAUGACAAGGAACAAGAGCUAAUCACUAUUGUUGGGACUGAGGAGGCUGUCAAAGAUGCUCAAAAGGAACUGGAAGUUCUCAUUAAAAACCUGGAAGAAGUUGUAGAAGACGAAAUGAUUGUUGACCCCAAGCACCACCGGUAUUUUGUGAUUCGCCGAGGGCAGGUUUUGCGGGAUAUUGCAGAUGAAUAUGGUGGUGUGAUGGUCAGCUUCCCUCGUACUGGAACCCAGAGUGACAAAGUGACACUGAAGGGGGCCAAAGAUUGUGUCGAGGCCGCCAAGAAACGCAUGCAGGAGAUUAUUGAAGAUCUGGAAGCUCAGGUAACCAUUGAGUGCGUAAUUCCACAGAAGUUCCAUCGGGUGGUGAUGGGUGCCAAAGGCUUGAAGGUGCAACAGAUUACCAAGGAUCACAAUGUGCAGAUUAAAUUCCCUGAACGCGAGGAGACCCCGGUAGCUGAGCAGCAAGUUCAUGAGAAUGGAGAGACUGAUGGUGAAGUUAAAGAGCUUCCUCCAUCUGUGCCCCGGAAAAACGACAUCAUUCUCAUUUCUGGCCGGAAGGAACGGUGUGAGGCAGCCAGAGAUGCUUUGCUGGCACUGGUUCCUGUCACUAUAGAAGUAGAAGUGCCCUUUGAUUUGCAUCGUUACAUCAUUGGUCAGAAGGGAAGUGGUAUACGCAAGAUGAUGGAAGAGUAUGAGGUGAACAUUGCUGUCCCUCCUCCCGAGGACCAGUCUGAUAUAAUUAAAAUCACUGGUCUGGCCUCUCAUUUGGAACGAGCUCGAGAGGGGCUAAAUGAGCGGGUGAAGGAGCUGCAGAUGGAGCAGGAGGACCGGGCUCUGAGGAGUUUCAAGUUGACAAUCUCUGUGGAUCCACGCUAUCACCCAAAGAUUAUCGGAAGGAAGGGUGCGGUUAUUACCCAGAUUCGCGUUGAUCAUGAUGUGAAUGUGCAGUUCCCUGACAAGAAUGAUGAAAAUCAGGAUCAGAUAACAAUCACUGGCUACGAGAAAAACGCAGAAGCUGCAAAGGAAGCCAUCAUGAAAAUAGUUUGUGAGCUGGAGGAAAUGAUUUCUGAGGAUAUUACUCUCAAUCACAAAGUUCAUGCUCGUAUUAUUGGUGCUCGUGGGAAAGCCAUCCGCAAGAUCAUGGAGGACUAUAAGGUUGACAUCCGUUUCCCUCCGUCUGGGGCAGAGGACCUGGACCGUGUCACUGUGACUGGUCUUCCUGAGAACGUGGAUGAGGCUAUCGACCACCUCUUAAAUCUGGAGGAGGAAUAUAUGUCGGAUGUUGUCGAGAAUGAGGCGUUGCAGGCUUACAUGAAGCCAGCGUCUCGUGUGGAUGAACCAAAGACCUCCUCUAGGGGCUUUGUGGUCAGAGAUGCCCCAUGGACUAGCAGCACGGAAAAGGCUCCAGAUAUGAGUAGCUCUGAAGAUUUUCCGAGUUUUGGUGCUCCGGUUGCUCCAAAGACUUCACCAUGGGGACCGAAAAGAUUCUGAGUUGGGAGGAAGUUGUUUUUUCUCCCCCCUUCUUCCCAACUCCAUACGGCUGGGCUACCAAGAUGUGCUUCCUGGUUAAUUCCAAUUCAGCAGCCUAGCAAGUAAUUAAUAUAGCCAAAACUACUUCCUGUGUCACACGUUUUCCAAAAAAACACAGUAGCAUGAUUAUAGGUCAGACCUGUGAGCCUCAUUUAUAUUUGUGUAAUGGUGGCUCGUUGCCCCCCCCCCCCCCAACAGCAUUCCACAUUCCCUGACACGCACAACUGGAUUGAAACUGCCUGGUGCUGACUUUCGAUGUGGUCUUUCACACUCAGCAGCCCCAACUGCAUCUUGCUCCCCAGUUUAUUUGAGUUGAAUUGAGGUUUUGCAGGGAUUUGAAGCAAAGACUGGGUGGGUUGUAGUCUCCUUUGCCCUGGAGCCAGCAUCCUUUUCCCUGCCUUUGCAGUUUUCCUUAGAGUGCAGUCACUUUAAUUCUUCACUGCCUGUGGCUUUGGAGCCUCGAGUCUAUUGUUACACCUGUGCUUGGGAUGUGCCUGUAGUUCUAACAAUGUAAUACUCAGAAAUGAUGGUUAAAACCCAAAACCUAUAUUGGCCUUCUCUAUACCAAUCUAUCAGAUAUCCUGAAGCAACUUUUACAAGACUGCUUUUAAAGUUCAUGGUCUCUUUGUGGCUUCCUCUCAUCCUUGAGAGAAGGCUGUUAUCCACACUGUGAUAUUGCUUUGUCCAAAAAUUUGAUGGCUGAGUAAACUCAUGAGCACAGUGUAAAUGGAACUUGAGGGUUGGAAGCAGGUGAGUCCUGAAGGGGAAUUUUAAAAAUGAUCAGGAAAGAAAAAACCAAAUUAAAUCACUUCAACUAUCCCACUGCCAAAGACUCAGUUAACUCGCUGUUUGCAAAUGGUUCAAAGCUGGAAUCAUGACUGAACUAACAUGAAGGGUGAAUCCUCAGAUAUCUAUUCUGGAGGGUUGGGUUCUCUCCCCAAGUUUGCUCCUUGUAAUGUAGAUCUUCCUUGUAUAAAAAUAAUUAGGUUCUGUGAAGUAAACAUAACAAAUUAGAAUGAACAUGUUUUUGCCUCCCUUGCUUGGCUUAGUAUUUCUGUAUGGUUUUCAUGUAUAGAAAAGACACAAAAUUAUUAGACUUCUGUGUUUGUGUGUAAAUAUUAUACAUAUCUCGUAUGUUGACUUUGGGCCAGUCAGUGCAAUUGUUCCAAAGACCUUGGGGAAGGUAAAUGUGCAUUCUCACAGCAGAAUAGACAAGGUCUACCACUUGCAUUUGGAUGCAACAAUAUCACAAAAGAGAAUCGUGCAUCUAAAGUUGAAUUGGUUUCCUCAUGCAGGUGUGGGUAGCCCAAUUUGUUUAACAAAAAUGGGGAAUUUCCUCCCCCACUCCUUUCCACAACACUACAGAUUUAAAGCCAACACCAUCAAGUUGGUGAAUCACCUGUGCUGGAUUUUUGUUCAUUGUAACUUGUGCAGUUUGAUUAACACUGGCUAGUCUGCCAUGGAAAAGGGCUUACCAAGCUGAAUUACAGUUUGGUUGGGUAUGCAUUAGGGAGGGGAGAGAAAACCACAGGUUGUGCAAAGGAUAUUUCAUAGCUUGGGGGAUUUGUCCAUCAACAUUAAAGAUGGAUUUGUUGACUGGGGUCCUUGUUCCAUGAACAAGGGUGGGUAUAGUUUUCAUAUGAGGUCAGUUAAGAAACUGAACUUGCUGAUAUCUAAAAUGAGGUUUAAAGGAACUUAAAACACUAAGGUAUUGGAAAUUAGGUCAUCUGUAAUUUUUAAUAUAUUUCUCUCAAUUAUAACCGAUUCCCAGCUCCCAGCAUCUCGUUUCACUGUGAUGGAGGCUUUUGCAUCAGGACUUUCAGCAGGGAGAGUUGAACCGGUUUUGUUAUUAGACUGUUGUUUCCAGGCUACUUUUCAUCAUGUCACCCUCAAGGGAAAUCCUGCCGUGGAGUUGCUCUUGUUCUUAACUAUUUGGUUCUGAAUAUUGCUUCCAAAUCUGUAGAUUUUUGAAAAUGUCCUCUUUUGGAGUUUGCUAAUUUCCUAGUUGUUGAUUUAAUUGAAAGUUUUCUAGUUUGUAAAACAUUCCUGUCAUAAUGCUGGGAGAGGAAAGUUCAUCCUCUGUUUUGCUGUGGCCCAUUGUCUGGUUCUGCCUGGCGGCAAGGCAGUAAUUGGUAUCUGAGAAAGUAAUGUAUUAGUUUAGUGGCUCCUUUUGUGUAGAAACUUGCUGCUCCCCCCCCCCCCCCAGUCUUUUGUCAAGAUCUCUUUACUGGCACAUUGAACCUAAGGUGAGACUAUACUUACAGAUUCCUUAGUUGUGUAAGUGCAAAUCUUGUUAGAUUUCAAAUUUGUAGAUCUGUUUUUUUUCAAUUCUAUCACCUAGGGUUAAAGGAAAAUGUUGUUUUCCUUUGAAACAUGCUAAUCUUCUCAGGGCUUCUGUGUAAUUCCCUGGCACAGGCUGAGAACAAUGGUAAAGGCUGCCCCUUUUCAAAUAUGGAAUUUAAAAUGGCAGGUUGUGUAUUUGGUGCCAUGUUCUCUGGAAUACAACUCAGCCAGUGUUGUCAGCCUGACAGCACAAUGUGGAUUUGGUGUACUUUCAAAGUCUAUGUCCAAGCAUUUGGUGCUGUGUCUAUUUUUGCUUUGUCCAUUUGUUCAAACAAUUGAUGUUCCAUUGCCCCAGUUUUUACCCUCUAUUGAUCCCUGUCUUGUUGAUAUGAAGGAUUUGAGAAACGGGCCUGUUUUCACUGCUCCCACUUGUUCAAGUCUUCCAUGUUGAUGCAAUACAAAGAACAAGCAGUUUCCAUUGGCCUUAACUCUGAAUGGAGAUAUGCAAAUGUACAGGAGAUAUGGAUGACACUGGAAUUUUAUAAAUCCAAAAUAAAAAAAUUGAAUAA